CAAUAAUAAUAACAACACCGAGGCAGCUGCUGGGCACGGCUCAGCGUCGGACUGGAGGGACUUGACAUCCCGUGACAGAGCACUGUGACGAGCCGCAGCUGUGGCGAUCCCGUAUAACUACUGACCAGGUGCUGCGUGCCCAGGCAUGCGGGCAGCGAGAGCUCACUGCUAGCACACAAGCUGACCGUGGCUGAUCCCCAGCAAUCACCCUAAUCCAUGACCCGGCGUGACUGCAGACUGUCACCCCUAGGAAGAAGCUGAGCAGCGCUGUCCUCGGUGCUGUGCCCCGGCUGUCACACUCACACAGCUGCAGAUAGAGCAGACAGGCUGCAGCAGGCAGUGUAACCUCAUCGGGAUGAGCUUGGAAGUGUUUUCCCGAGCAGCCUAUGUGGACAAGGUGUGCAGCAGCGACCUGGAGGCCAGCAUGCCGUCCCCACUUUCCAGCCGGGACGAUGAGCUGGGCUCAGACGGUGACUUUGUAGCCAAUAGCCCCACUCCAGCCCUGUGCCCAAGAGACUCUGAGAUGGACACGGACACCGGUAGCCUGGGAGGCGAAGAGGAGGAGGCGGAGGAGGAGGAGGAGGGAGAGGUGAGACCGCGAUCUGAGAGGGAUGGAGAAGGUGCAGAGGUGCCUGUGGGCUGUAGAUCACCAGCUGCCGAAGUUGGUAAAGCAAAGACAUACACCCGCCGUCCAAAGCCGCCAUACUCCUACAUCGCCCUAAUAGCCAUGGCCAUCAGGGACUCCGCCAGCGGCCGCCUGACACUGGCCGAGAUCAAUGACUAUCUGAUGAAGAAGUUCCCCUUCUUCCGGGGCCAGUACACCGGCUGGAGGAACUCUGUCAGGCAUAACCUCUCCCUCAAUGACUGCUUUGUGAAAGUCCUAAGAGACCCGUCUCGCCCCUGGGGCAAAGACAACUACUGGAUGCUGAACCCCAACAGUGAGUACACCUUUGCCGACGGCGUUUUCAGGCGCAGGAGAAAGAGGCUGAACAGGGUCACCAAGUGCCUUAAAGAGCAGGAGCUGCAGGGGUUGUCCGAGCAGCAGCAUCAGCAUCACACAGCUUCAGUCCAGGGCUCUGCACCUCCAUCCAGCAGACUCCACAGAACACCUUCCUCUCCAUCCUCCACUGCUUCCACCAGCACCAAGGACACCAGCCCAGCGACCAAGUUCUCCAGCUCCUUUGCCAUCGACAGCAUCCUGAGCAAACCUUUCCGGAAAAGAGAGAACUCAGAAAUAGACAGCAAAUCAUCAGGUGGAAGGAUUCUAUGGCCUACCGGUUCAUUACUACAUUCCCCUCCUUCAGUCCCGACUUACCCUCUCCUAUCUUACCCUCCAUCAUCCUCCCUGCAUCAUCCAUCCGCUCUUUUCCCAAUCAGCCCUCUUAGUAGUAAUGGGGCAUCACUGCACUUACAACUCUAUAGGUAUUGCCUGCCCGAAGCUCUGCUGCUUUUAAUGGAUCCCAGGAGUGAAGGACAACAGCUGUCUACUGACCCCAGGGAAGACCGACACACUCCUUCCCAACACCACCCACUCUUCCCACACCCCAGCCCCAGUAAGGCUUUCUCAGAACACCUGGGCAAUGCUGAGAUCCUCUGCACUCUGCGCUCACCUGGCUCUUAUCCCCCCUACAGGCCAGAGACAUUGCUAGCGUGACAAUGAAGGGGGGGAGUGGGAAGGUAUGUCACUUGGAGCACCCACUCUGACUUAUUUGGUAUAUUAUGUAACUGCACCCUAUAAAAGCCAUGAUUUGUUUCCUAUGAAUCUAACAAUUUGUUCUGAAGAGAUUCUAUUAAUUUGGUUACUAAGUCAUGCAAUUGAAUACAUUUCUGUUUAUGGUCAAUACAAUAGUAAAAACACGGAUUGUGUGACUAUAUUUUGUUAUUACUGACAAGUGCCUAAAAUAUAUCUACCUGAGUUCAGGGGUAUAUUUAGAAUUGAGCAGUGAGAUAUUGAAAUUUUGACUGUUCUUUUAUACUAAAGGUGUAUCAAUGUUCCUGAUAACAGUGAAACCUGUAUGUUGUGUCUGUCCUCUUCAAAGCUCACUGCCUUUGUGUAAUGUGAUUGUAAUUCCUAUGUACGACCAAGGUCUAUAUACUGUACCCUGGCCCAGAACCCCAUCACCCUCCACCUCUCCACCCCUUUACUAUUAAUGUGUGGCUGUGCCACAGACUCUGCACUGCAAAUGUUUAAUAAGAGAUGUAUAAGUGACCUUCAGAUGCACUUUUAUUUUUCAAACCAAUAUAACGUUCUAUCAGUAACAUUGACGCAAUACAUUUUUAAACAUUGUGCUUCGAAGAGCUCUUUUGAGACAAUUACGUUUUGUAAUGCAAUUUCGUUUCAUCUCAGUCUUUUAAAUGACCUCGACUUAGGCCAGAAUCCUGGCUGCAACGAAACUGUGUGUAUCUAACCCUGUGUGCCAGUCAUCAAAUGCCAAGUCUAUUGUAGCAUACCAAAGUAAUGCAUUUAAUAAAAAAGUUAAUUAUCCAUGUUCGCAUUUUGUUAAAACAAAAAAGAUUUCAAGGUCAUUUCUACUGUAAUCACCACUGUGCCAAAACGUUACUAAAUCCAAUAUUUUGUUUCUUAAAUUAUUUAUACUUAAAACUUUAAUGACAGGUUACCACUAAUUGUGGUCCAAUAAUUAAACCUUUCGUUUAAAUAAGCUCGAAUCGAGCAAAAUAAAGACUGAUUACAGGUGUUUUAUCAUUCCAAAGAAGCGCCUAAGCACUGCCACUACUGAGCAGAGAGUUUGUAAUGAUGUUUUAUAUGUGUAUUUUAUUGAACUGAGCUUAUUUUCAAAUAAAAGUGUUGUUUAAAAAA